CCGGGUCGCUCUGAUUUUGAAGUACCUACGCAUACUCCGUACCUCACCUUACCUUACCUUACCUUACCUUAUCCAACUGACUGCCCUCAUUCAGGUGCAACACCUUCUUCCUUGCAUCCAUCUGCUUCCAGACGAUUUCCAUCACCCAGAACAAGCAGGAAGGAGAACCCUUGAAAGGCAAGUUGCCUGAACCCUGCCUUUUGUUUUCCCUUAACCAAUCAGAUUAGGAAAAACAAUUCCCUUCAGGUCGGAAGUUUUACCCCGUUUCUCACAGAGGAAAGAGCAACAGUUGAAAAAAGGUACCUUCCUUACGUACACCACGCACGAUAUAUCCGGGGAACGUGUGACCGGACCACCCACCUUAGCGCGGAGCACAUUGGGAAAGACCUUGGCCAACCCAAGCUGGUCCACCCACGUCCACCACCGGAUCGACGACUGACGACUGCACCAGCAACCAACGCACCACCACCACCACCUCGACCUCCGCCGCAACUACCACAAUUACCGCCGUCGCCGUCGCCGCUUCCUCCUCACCACAGAGCCGCAACGAACGAAAUUUCAUGACACCCCAUGUCCGUCAUUUCUGACAUGACAUGAUUGGUCUCGCGAGACCUCUGCUGUCACCAGCCUUUCUUUGAUUCCCUCAACAAAGCAUUCCCAAUCAUCUUCUUUCAGCCCGGUAUUUUCUUUAAUCCAUUUUACCAUCCUGUUCUCUGGCCCAUCCGCGGGUUCCCAAAAAAAAGAACAAGCCCAAAACGCGCCUUCCGCAUCCGAGCCAAGAUACCCACGAUCGCUUCUUCUGACGACUCACUCCUCACCUCGACAAUACCUUACAGCAUAGUACGCGAUUGGCAACCGAAAGAAGCCGCGCCAUUGUAGCAGUAGCAGCCUACAAUAGCAAUCGACAACCGCUGCCAUCGCAAUCCGAAGCAUGCGCUGAGGCCCCUCGCGAUCAUGGCCCCAGCCCUGCAGACCAGCGAUCCAAUGACCCAUCAAGCCGCCGAGCCGCAUCCGAACGAGGUCGAGCUUCCCUACCACAACGGCGUCCCAGGCCACCCCGCAUCCGUUGACUACGAUGGCGUCCCCGAUGCUUCGGUAGACCCCGCCGUCGUCAUGCGCAAGCUGAUGAAGGGCAAGGACAAAGAAUGGGAUGCUGUCGCGCCCAGCAAGUCAGGCAAGAAGCUGACCCUUCUCGAGCUACCGGUGGACAUCUUGCGCUUGAUCAUUAAGGAGAUCACGCACACGAAUGACCUUACCUCGCUCGCCUUGACCAACUCGAACCUUCACAAUCUCGCGAUCCCCCACAUCUACUCGAGAUUCGAUAUCGUCUGGCCCGAUGCCACCCAGAUGGCUACGUCCGACUCGAAGAGUGUCGAUGCUCUUACGUACGGCCUGUCCACGAUCUGCCUCGGCAGUUCCUUCGCGCAUCGCACACGCAAGAUGCUCAACCCAAGCUACAUCCCCACCUACGGUUCCAACGUUCGGAGACAGAAGAACGACUACGCCAAAUACACAAAGAAGUUCUCAUUGGGCAAUGGACCACAGGAUUGGGUGGCCGAGUACAUGAUCUCCAAGGAGAGCGGCAAGAUGCUGGGCACGCUCGUCGCUCUAGCCGUGGAGAAAAUGGUCAACCUGGAGUCGUUCGUCUGGGAUAUGCCGACUGGCGUUCUCUCCGAGAUCUUCAUGGCUCUGGCGUCCAUUCCCGAACAGAGCUCCGAGGCCGAGUCAAAACUGGAAAAGGUUUGGGUGAGAUGGCAUGAUAACACCGACGGCUCCAGUCCGUCGCCAUCGUCGAGUCCGCCUCCCCCGAUCCCACCUCCUGUCCCACCCGGCAGCCACCUCACUACAGUCGGCAUCUUGAUCCCUUCGGACUCUGCUCAUCCGGCACCGCGGGGCGCGAUCCCGUAUGCGGAAACAAAUAUCGAAUUCCCUACCUUCAGUGUUCUGCCUCCGCUCAAGAGUCUCACUGUUCUCGACAUUGACGAACUUGCUUACCUGGACGAGAUGGCCGUAGCGAUCGAAAGAUCGAAAGACUGUUUACAAGAGCUUCGGGUCGGCAUAUCCCCGAGAGCCGUCUUCAAGGACUUUGUCCAAGCCUGGGAUGGGCCCGACUUGCAGCAAAUCGAUCGGGAUGCCAGAUGGCCUGGUGAGAGCUCCAUUGGCGAGAGAAGAUUAGGCGGUGUUUUGGGCGUGCUUGUCGGUCGUAUCUAUGACAUUCGCCGCAAGUCGACGUCGAAGUCAAGAGAGAAGGCCCCCAUGGCAUCGACGCAAGCGACACAAACCAAUACCGCCCACUCUGCCAUGGAUACUACGGAGACCUCGAAUGUCUCAGGGCAGCCCAACCCGAACGAGCCAGAUGCUGUGGAAGUGGAUGACUCAGUCGAGCCGCUCGUAACCCAACCAACGGGAGCUGCCACAGAUGACCGAGCAGGCCAUGAGGAAAAGUCACAGUCUGUGAAAGACCAGGCGACCGGUGACGGGGACCUCGUGGAUACACCUUCGGGCGUGCCGAGAAGAAGGCUGGACGGCAAGCUCAAGCUCCGUUCUCUAGAGCUCGAAAGAGUUCAUUUGUCAAUUCAAGUCUUUAGCCAGGCCUUCGACUGGACUGUCCUGACCACAUUGACUAUCCUCGAGUGCGCCCAGCACGACACUCUUUGGAAGGCAUUGCGAAAGCAAUUCGCUCCCACUCCGAUUGUCAGGCUCGGAUCUCAUCAACACCACGCCAGCUCUAAGCAAGCUAUGGAGUAUCAUCUCAAUCUCAAGAGCAUUCACACAGAUGUUACUUCGGUGGCUUUGAUCAGCUUCCUUAGAGACACUCUAGCUCCUAACAGUCUAGAGGUCCUGUUCUUGCAGGAUCGGAGACGGCCCAGUGGACCGCCAGCGGUGACCAUCGAUCAAAUCUUUAAGGGAGUCAUCAAGAAACACCGGGCGAGCCUGCAAAAGGUCCUUCUAGACAGUUCAGAUCGGAAGCGUAGCAAUGGCAACACUGCCACAGACACCGCUCGCUGGCGCAACUGGGUGCUGCCGACGGACAUGUUGCUUUACAUGACCAGUGGACGCAUGGUGAGCCUAAGAGAAUUGGCCAUCUCCUUGCACUUCAAAGACUGGCACACAUUCCUUCAGCGCUUGCCAAACACCCCUCAGCUGCGGUCUCUCAACCUGCAGCAUAUUGCCGAUCAUAUACUCGGCAACUUUGACCCUCGAGAGUUGGCGUUGCAGAUGGUCGAUAUUAUCACCCUUCGCCCUGAUAUUCAGCUCUGUUAUGUGGGCAUUUCUACAAAGUGCUUCGAGAUCUUGGAGAGCAAGCCGGCAGAAGAGAGUGGUGCGUCAACUACGAGUGUUGCGGCUGACCAUGGUGUUGUGGGCCACGAAUCUGGAGUUGACGGCGAAGACGAUGACGAGGAAGAUGAGGUCGCUACGGAUGACGACGACACGGCGAGUCAGGUGGAUGAAGAUACCUCUGAGGAGGAAACCGAUGAUACCCCGGGGAAUGCAGUACAUGCAGAUGACUCGCAGUCGGAAGCGUCUGCGGCGCAGGACUCGGACGACGAUGAAUCGAUGCGAGACGCUGAUUACGGCACCUCACGUCCUCGUCUCCGACUCCGAGAGAUUCUGUUCUACGAUGACAAGGUAGCGAUUUUCAAGGCUCGGCACGGCAGACUGUAGUAUGGUCUCGGAAAGUGAGCUAGGGUACAAGUGAUGGAGGGGGAGGGGGUGGAAGGGAGGCAUAUGGACGGGUCAAAACUUGCAUACCAUGGAGGCAUAUGCGAACGAUACAGUGAGACGGUUGAAUACCAAGGCGAAGGAGGUUUUGCAAAGUACGCUAUCUUGAGAUUUUGGGG